ACUUGCUCAGAAAUUUGAGGAUGAACCUUAUUUCAAUGUCAGCCCUUUUAGCAUUUUUCUAUAGCUUUGCACUAUGUAAACCUGUCCAGGUAGCCACAAGAAAUAAUGAAAUGGACAGUGAUACAACUCUGCAUGAAGGUGACAUUGUCUUGAGAAGAAAACGCAAUGCCAUAAACUGUGACAGCAGCUGCUUCUGGCCCAAGUCCCGUAAUGGGCUAGUCAACGUCCCAGUUAAUGUUUCUACAGAGUUUUCUGUGGAAGAGAGGACUUGGAUUGUUGAAGCAAUGCAGGAGUUCACAACCCUGACUUGUGUCCAGUUUAUAAAUCACACAACAGAAACCAACUACAUAAGCAUUGUACCUGGGGAGAGCUGCUGGUCUCACUUUGGAAAGAUUGGAGGUAUGCAGCAGGUGGGCCUGAUGAAAACAGGCUGCAUGAGUAAAGGAGCAAUUCAACAUGAAAUGAACCAUGCGCUGGGUUUUUUACAUGAACAGGCCCGGAGUGACCGGGACAAUUAUGUUAAGAUCAUGUGGCAAUACAUUAUGGCAGGGGAACAAGGGAACUUUGGGAAAGUGAAUUCCAAUAACCUGGGUCUUCCCUACGACUAUUCCUCAGUGAUGCACUACGGCUUAUAUGACUUCUCUAACACCUCUGGGAAAGCAACUAUUGUACCGAUUCCUGAUCCCUCUGUACCCAUCGGACAGAGAGAGGGACUGAGUAAUCUCGACGUGGCUAAAAUCAACAAGCUCUAUAGCUGCAAUUGCUGUAGCAAUGUGCUGCAUAAACCUGCUGACACCUUCUCAUCUGUCAAUUAUCCAUCUUCUUAUCCAGACAACAGCAACUGUCUGUGGCUCAUUCGCAUCCCACAGCAUCAGGUUUUCCUGCAGUUUGAUGCUUUUGAUCUUCAGCCUUCUCCAGACUGUACCUCAGACUACAUCAGAAUUUAUGAUGGAAGCAGCAGGAAUUCCAGUGUCUUACUGGACAAGUUGUGUGGGAUGGGGUCCUUACCCUCAUUGGUGGCUUCUAGAAAUGUGAUGCUUGUAGAGUUUGUGAGCGAUGAGGCUACUGCAGCAACAGGUUUCCAAGCCUCCUAUAGCCAGGGUGCGGACAGUACCUCAUUUACAGAGCUUGGUGACAUUUCUAAUUUUUGCUUAGAAAAUAUUUAUGUGCAAAACUGA